AUGGCAGCCCUCACGAGAAAGUACAAAAGUCAUCGAGUUAAUUUUUAUGUAACAGAACUUGAUACACAGAGUCAUCCUUUGCAUCUUUUUGUUUCGGUACAAAAUGCAAUAGAAUUUAACUAUGGUAGUGCUGGUGAUUCAUUUUGUAUUUUACUGAGAGCCAAACGGGUGAAAAAUAAUAACUAUUCAUUUCCGGGUUCUUCGCCCAGAUUGGCAGACUUGGAUAGCCCGCAGUCAAGCUUAAGCCUACAUGACAUUUGUUACGACAAUGUCUGCACUAACUUUGAUGUUCAGUUUGUUUGUCAGGUAUGGAUCAAAGAUCAUGUUGUGUGGACCUUGCCAUCACCUGAUCAAUUAUCAGAUUCGCCAAAACAGAAGGAUCAGCCCUUAAAACUGGCUUGUUCAAAUGAAUUCCUUCAGCAUUAUGACAUUGAUCAAGAUGAUUUUAUUUAUUGUCAAUACAUUCAGAUUUUUCCUUUAAAACGUGUGGUCUUUGCUGUGUCAAAUCUUGAAGCCUAUUUGUGGUUACAGCAAAACAAAUUUAGCAACGGAAUGUUAGUAGAAGUAUGUGAACAGCAUAAAGCUCUUGUAAGAAAGGAUGAUGUUUUGCUUGUGUCUUACCCAUCCAUGUUUCUAGAUGAUGAUAAAUUUCACCGUUCUUGGUACUUUUCCAUGAGAGCAGUGGAGUGUAGUCCCCUGCAACAAGGUGCCAUAACAAUUAACACAGAGGUUGUGUUGUUUUAUGAUGAAUACACACGAAUGUCAUUUGUCGAGAAAAGGAAGCGUCUUUCUACAACUACCAUUGAGCAUAUGCUUUCAAAAUCUGAAGGUUUGCUGAUGUCAGAUUUUUGCAGGUCCAUAAGCCAGUCGAGCACACAUAACGAAUCAGGUGAUGGAAGCAAAGAAGGAAGUGUUUCUAGCAUUGGCAUAAUACAGUCCAGUGAAAUGUCCUUUGUUAUUGGUUCUUAUGUUGUAGAACAAGAUAGUAAAUGGAAAAGUAUUCUAGGCAGAGAGCUAGAAAGAUCUUCUGAUCCUCAUAACUUCAUUGGCAUUUCUAAAAAACUAAUGAUUGAACUUGGUCUCUUUGAUGGCAGCCCUCUAAAAGUCUCCAUUGUGGAAGACGAUGUCAAGAAGGAUGGCAUGGUUGGAUCAGGAGAAAGCCAACCAGUCAGAAAACCAAUUCAUAAAAUGGUUAUGGUGAAAUGUCUUUCAAGACAUCUAAGUGGUGCAGAUAAAGUCUUCAUCUCUGCAUUGCUGUGGUUUACACUACAAGGCAUGCCUCCACUGAAACGAGAUCCUACAUUGCUGUGUGAGAAAAUGUCUAACAUGCAUGUAGAAAGUGACGUUGAUGAAGGGAGCCAGUCUUUGUCAGCAUCAUGGAGUGCCAGCAUUCCCACAGCAAAGGAGGUUCACAUCUCCAUAGUGAACUCUCCAAACUACAGUCCCAAGAUGAAUUACUCAGAAGCUCUUAAGAAAUACUUUCAAGUUGCAAGAGUUGUCAGUGUCGGAGAUGUGUUUGCAAUUAAGAGUUCAGAUGAUCCUCAGUUUUGGCAGAGUGCAGACAUGGAUACCGGACUCCGGUUUCCGGUCAUGUUUUUCCAGGUGAUCCAGGUGGAACCGAGUACCCCAGAGAUCAUUGCCUGCAUUGUGGAUUCCAACAACACACGAGUGUUACAGGUGGGAUCUGUACACAGCUUCGUUCCACAGAUUGCGUACCAGUACUUCACUGAUCAUGCCUCCAACUACUGGCUCAGGCUCAACUGUCCCGGCAUGAACAAUUACAUCGACAAACUGGAGUCGGUCGUCCUGCCUCACCUCAUACAAAGUCCAGCUAAUUCGAGAUUGCAAGAGUUACCUCCCUCUAUCUUAAUUUCUGGUCCAGUUGGGUGUGGGAAGGCUACAGUAGUGGAAGCAGUUGCUAGGAGACUGUGCAUGAAUAUACAGCAGGUGAACUGUCAUCACAUCUGUGGAGAAUCGGCCGGUUCCACUGAAGCUAGAAUACAAAAUGUGUUUCUUGCUGCUAGUAUCUAUUCUCCCUGCAUCCUACUACUGCGAAACAUCCAUGUAAUUGGGAAAGAUCGUGAUGGAAACACAGAAGAUCCACGAGUGAUAAGCAACUUUCAUAGUAUCAUCAUGAAUUUGACCUUUGAGUUGAGGGAUUUUCCUUUGGUAGUCAUAGCAACGACCCACAAGCCCACUGCUGUUUCUCAGGACUUGAACGAGGCAUUUUUGCAUGAAAUCAAAAUGGAGGUGCCGUGUGAAUCAGAACGUAUUGAAAUUAUUCAUGGUCUCGUGGAGUUUGAAACGACCUCGGCUGAUUUAUCACUGCCUCACAUAGCCCAGAGGACAGCUGGCUUUGUUCUCGGAGAUCUAGUGGCUUUGGUAGCACAUGCCAAGAGGCAGUCGUUUAGCAAGGCUCUGAAAUUGUGUUCUGUUGAUAGUCGGCCGAGCCCUGAAGAUGAAGAAGACUUGGUUGCUGCUGGGUUGGUUCUGGAGCAGACAGACUUUGAAUACGCCCUUGACAAGCUGCAGUCAGCCCACUCUGACACUAUUGGAGCGCCCAAGAUUCCCAGUGUUAAGUGGGACGACAUUGGCGGCCUGUACAGCGUGAAGUCAGACAUCCUCGACACGAUCCAGCUUCCUCUCCAACACCCUGAGUUACUGCAAGCCGGACUCAGAAGAUCAGGUGUUCUGCUGUAUGGUCCACCUGGAACAGGCAAGACUUUGCUGGCCAAAGCAGUUGCUACAGAAUGUUCUCUAAAUUUUCUAAGUUGUUUUUCAGUGUUCAAGCGAGCUCGCAAUGCGACACCAUGUGUUAUUUUCUUUGAUGAACUCGACUCGCUGGCUCCAAACAGAGGUCGCAGUGGUGACUCUGGUGGCGUCAUGGACAGAGUUGUCUCCCAGUUGUUGGCCGAGCUAGAUGGGCUUCAUAAAUCAUGUGAUGUGUUUGUCAUUGGUGCAACGAAUCGGCCUGAUCUUCUAGACCCCGCUUUACUUAGGCCAGGAAGAUUUGAUAAACUGCUGUUUCUUGGUGUCUCAGAAGACAGACCAUCACAACUGAACAUACUGGAGGCACUAACAAGAAAGUUUGUGUUUCAGUCGAGUUUUUCAUUGAUGUCUGUGGUGGAAAAAUGUCCCUGGAAUAUGACUGGUGCCGAUUUCUAUGCUUUGUCAUCGGAUGCAUUGCUGAAUGCAGUGAAAAAAAAAAUAGCAUUGCUCGAAGCUGGCAAAGAUGUUGACCAGACCAGAGUCGAAGUAUCUGAGAAGGAUUUUCUUGAUGCCCUUAACACUCUUGUGCCCUCUGUGUCUGAAACGGAACUGUCAAGAUACAAGAAUAUCAAAGAUUCUUUGUUUCUUGGGAGAUGAGUUUGUUUUCCAGAUUUACCCAGCAAAACAAGUGCUUCUUUUAAAUUUAACGUCAUGCUGAUAGACAUCUGUAGAAAACUUGGGCUGUUGAAGGACAUCUAAAGAAAAUGUGUGAAGUUGGAGGAUAUCUAAAGAAAAUGUGUGAAAUUGGAGGAUAUCUAAAGAAGAUGUGUGAAGUUGGAGGAUAUCUAAAGAAAAUGAGUGAAGUUGGAAGAUAUCUAAAGAGGAUGUGUGAAGUUGGAGGAUAUCUAAAGAAGAUGUGUGAAGUUGGAGGAUAUCUAAAGAAAAUGAUUGAAGUUGGAAGAUAUCUAAAGAAGAUGUGUGAAGUUGGAGGAUAUCUAAAGAAGAUGUGUGAAGUUGGAGGAUAUCUAUAGAAAACUUGUGAAGUUUGACAUCAGUAGAACCCUGAUCCGGUACAUUACAUGAUACAGUUCCCUGUCAAAGACGAAAAUGUGAUGCUGAUCUCUGUGUGUGUUUGUGCUAAUACUUUCCGGCUUCGAUAAUAAAAAUAAUAAAAAAGAUUGUUGCCUAAACAAUCCCUGCAAUUGCCACAGCAUUGUCGAUUGCCGUGGAUUUUUUCGUUCUCCAUGGCACUUUUUUUACUGUGAACUAUAUUAGAAUUUUUGUUCACGACAUGUUUUUUGGCCGUGGACAUUUUCUUAAUUGCAGGGGUUUCUAAAUGCAUUGUAAUGGAUUGAUAGAGUGUUAUAUUUGGAAAUUGAGUGGACGUGAAACCACGGCAACGUCCCUUCCUCAUACCUGGUUAGCUACAACAGUAGGUAAAAAUUAUUUGCAGGGCCAUUUGAUGCUCCAUAUAUAUAUAUAUAGUAUAUAGUACAAGGCCUAGGACAGUUACUGAAUUAUUCAAGUAUCUUGUUUUCAUUUUACAAAAGCAAAUUCUGUAAAGGGAGUGCUUCAGUGAGAACCAUAAAGUGCUUUUUAUAUUAACACUGUUAUUACCGGUAAUCAGAUCUUUUAAAAAGUUCCAAGAAAAUGUCCCAAUAAGGUUUGUAUUUUUUUUCUAGUUUGAAGUGUUAAUUUUUGUUUCAUAGAAAUUAAUAGCUUAAAUAAAUGUCAGUGUCUUAAGUAUAUUUGAAAUAAAAUGAUAUUUAGCA